CCGGUGAUGGCUCAUGUGAAAGUGCACGGCAUCCUCCGAAGACACUUCAUUGUUCCCACCCCCUCUAAAAUCGCGAGUAUAAAUCGCGCGGAUCAUCUCGAAAUCAUCACAGUCACCACACGACCAGUCAACCAAGCAUCAUGAACACAUACACGGUGGUCCUCGCCUUCGCCUUGGCUGUGGCCACGAUGGCCGAGCCGCCGUCCUCGGGCGGCUACAGCUACAGCCGGCCCAGCGGCGGCGGCGGCGGCUUCUCCCUCGGGGGCGGCGGCGGCGGCGGCGGCUACCAGGCCGUCUCCUCCGGCUACACCACCUCCGAGGGCGCCUCCGUGGACCCCGCGCUCCUCGAGCAGGUGCGCCAGAUCCUCCUCAAGGAGGAGCAGAACUCGGCGUCGUCGGGCGGCUUCGGCGGCGGCCACGGCGGCGGCGGCGUCUCCUCCUCGUACGGCGUGCCGUCCCCCAGCUACGGCGUGCCCAGCUACAGCGCCAGGGUGGUGGGCAUCGACCUCGAGGGCAUCAAGCAGGCCAUCCAGGUGGCGCAGUACAACCAGGUCAGCCACCAGGCCGGCGGCGGCGGCUACCCCAGCGGCCCCAGCACCAGCUACGGCGCCCCUAGUCGGCCCUCCAGCUCCUACGGGGCCCCCUUUUAAGCUCUGAGAGCUGCAGAACUGAACUGAGUGUACAUACACCCAUCCAUCACACGGGUCAUGAUGCAUCAAACACCAUGCAUUUAAUUCUUUUUUUUUGUAUAAAGCUUUUUGUAGGUUAUGUUUUAUAAAAAAAUACAUUUGUCACCGUA